GAUCCAACCGGAUAUGGUUGGUUUAACGGCGGACGAUGUGGUCAUGCGGUCCGCACAGCAGCCAUCGCCCAUCCGACAGUGCCAACCGGUGCAAAGUGAGUUUCCCGUCUUUAUCCCUCCGAAAAAGCGGCAAGCGGGAAAGAAAGCCAACCACAGUAACCAUAUCGACCACAUCGUAAAUGUACAGGGAACGCGUAAAGAAUGGGAUCUUACACCGGAACGAGAAGACUGCCGCAAGACGAAGCGCUGGAAUAGCGAGGAGAUUAUAGAGAUUAGGACGAGUGCUAAGACCGUUGCACCGAAUCAUACCAACGGCACGAACGAGGACGAGGACGAUCUAAACGAACUGCAACAGUUUCAUCCACUAAAGGACAGUUCGACUGUUACACCGAGCAGCAUCUCGGAAAGUAGUCUCGACCGGAAGUCGAGCAAAUCCGCGGAACUGCUAACGGGCGGAAGUGGCAAACGGUCGAAGAAGCGUGUCAACAUCCGUACCGAUCUCGAUGAGAUCGAUCAUCGCCGGUCGCCUUCUGCGAUCUGCAACUACGAAGAUCUCGAAUCCGGUGAGACGAGUGUUUUGAACGCAGAGCUCGAUGAUCAGCAAAGCCUCGAGCGCUACAACACGAAUCGAUCGUAUGGUUCCUCGACCGAUAACUAUCUUACGAUGACCGGUACUAUUAAGCGUGGUCGCAAAAAAGGCCAAUCGAUCGAUGUGCAGCUAAACAUUUCACGUGAAGAGCUCGAGCACAUCAGCAAGCAAGCAUUAGCGGCACAUGAUGAAUCUUACCGCGCCAAGCAAGGAUGCUGCACGCUGAGGACGGGGGUUCACAUACUGCUCCUGUCCCUUCUAUGUCUUCCCUUCGUAACGCUUACGACGGGAAUCUACUCGUUCUAUAUGGGUACCGUCACGUGGUAUAACAUGUUCACGUACUUCAACGAGGAACGGUCCUACUUUCACAAGCUGCUCAUGUCUCCGCUACUUAUUCUGGCCUAUCCGCUCGGAAUUGUUCUCUGCACGAUUGGGCUCGGCCUGUACGCAGGCUUCCGGCAACUCAGCUUCCACUUCCGCUCGUGGUUGAACGAGGUGUCCGAUAUCGAGAAGGGCUUCUAUGGCUGGUUAUGUUCCUUUCUACACCUCUCCGAUUGCAGCCCAUACGAGGUGGUCAUUCUGACCGAAAUUUGCCCGACGAAUCCUGGAGUUGGUGGAGCUAACGAAGGCACCUGCUCAACCGCAAACCCAACCGUCGAUGGACGAUUAAACGGUGAUUCCACGCAAAUCAACUCUUCAACCGAGGAACUGUCGGUUUAAGAAUGCUUUCCAUGCAGACAGAAUAGAGCAUGGAUCAGCAUUCCAUAUCUUACCAGUCAUUCUAGUGUUAUUAACCAGUGAUAGACUUUCCCUCACCCUUACAGAACUCACUCAGUAGUAGCAAGGUGCGAGGGACCAAUCUUUACCCAACGCGAAGCCGAUGCAAUGUCUAUUGGACUUUUGCUUUUGCCGAGUGCUAGCCUCAACUCGUUCCUGA